AUGGAAAAUGAGAUGAAAGAAGUACGAAUGGAGACCAAUCUCGUUCCUGAUUAUCGUACUAUUUAUCAACAGUGUAUGAAAACUAAUAUUAGAAAGAUCAUACGAUGGCUUGAUACUCGUUUGAUGUCGUUUCUUUUUUUACUGGAAUUCGUUGCCUAUCUUAAUCGAAUUAAUAUCGGUCACGUCAAAAUGAGUCGUAUCACCGAUGAUAUUCAGGUGUCCUCGUCGGAGUUCGAUUGGGCUGUUUCGAUAUUUUAUUUAGCCUAUAUGAUUUUUGUAAUUCCAAAUAUUAUACUUUUACGUAUUUCUGGUCCAACACUUUAUCUGUCAGUUAGUAUGAUUUUAUGGGGAACGAUAACAUUGGGUAUUGCUUUUGUGAAAAAUGCUACACAAUUGAUUGUUGUUCGUUUUCUUCUUGGUAUGACUGAAGCUGGUUUCUUUCCUGGUAUCGUCAUCUAUCUGUCAUUUUGGUAUCGUAAACAAGAACAAAUAUUUCGAAUCGCCAUAUUCUUCAGUGCUGCUGCGAUGGCUGGUGGUAUCGGUAGCAUUAUGGCUUAUGGUAUUUCUAAAAUAGAUGGUUUGUGUGGCUUAAAUGACUGGCAAUGGAUAUUUUUGUUAGAAGGAUUGCCAAUUAUUCCACUCGGCAUAAUAACAUUUCUUUUUCUUGAUAGUGUACCAGAAACUGUUCAAUGGUUGAAUAGUGUGGAGAAAAACUUAUUCUUAAAUUAUCUUCGUGACGAUGACAACGUAUCACAUAUUGAAUCUAUGCCAUAUAAACGAUUUUCAUUGAUUCAAUUACGUCAUACAUUUACUAAUUGGCAAUUAUAUUUAUAUACUCUGAUUACGACAGGAAUUUCAGCUAUUAUCAAAACAUUUGCCAAUUAUCUUCCAUCUCUAAUCCAAGAUAUGCAGCUUUCCAAACUCGAAUAUCAUAUAUUGACAAUACCUCCAUACAUUCUGGCAUUUAUAUCUUGUUUAGUGGUCGGUUAUUCAUCAUCACAUCGAAAAGAGCACUGUGUUCAUCUUGUACUAUGUUUAUUGGUUGCUCUUGUCAGUUUUAUUUUAAUGAUAACUAUGAGCGAACAAAUGAAAGUAGCACGGUAUAUCGGUAGUUGUUUUGCUGCUAGUGGAUCAUUUGCAGCUCUUCCCAUUAUUUUAUCUUGGUUAACAAACAACGUCAACGGUCAUACGAAACGAGCAAUGAGUGUUGGUUUUGCCAUGUUUUUAGCUCAAAUUGGAGGUAUUGUAGCACCUCAGCAUUACCAUGUGAAUGAUCGACCAAUAUAUCGACGAGGUCAUAUUAUUUCUAGUGUAGUUAUUGCAAUUACUUUAUUACUUGUUUUUACUUUACGUUACUUUUUGGCAAGAGAAAAUAAUCGACGAGAAAAUUUGACGCAUGACAUGUAUGAAAUAGAAGCAGCUAUUGAAGAGCCAUGUGAUCAGCAUCCCGGUAUUCGAUAUGUAUUGUAG